AACUAUAUGAAAAGGCCGUCUCGGAACCGCAAUCUUUAUCAGGAUCCUGGUGAAGUCCCGUGCCGGGCUAGCCUACGCCGUCCGAUACAAAGGUAUCGGCGCAGUGAAGUGCACGUCAGAUAGCACCAAUCCGUCGGGCGCAAUGAUAACAGCUCAGCAAAGUAGGGUGUCACAGAGGCAGUCAUAACCGACCCCUGGGCACUGACCGAGAGCCAGCCGUCAAUUUAACCGUCCACGACCAAAUCAGAAGACGGUGACGUCUCGGACGGGACGCUGUUUCGACUGGCUCGGCUCUGGUCUGGCUCGGCGGCACCAUGAGGUCACCGGUCGGGCUGAGGACGCUGUGGCUGCUGGGGCUGCCGCUGCUGCUGCCGGCCCCGGCGCUGACCGGGUCCGUGGGUCGCCGCAGCCCGGGGCCGGCCGUGUGCGAGAUCGCGGUCUGCUCGGUCCGGCCCUCGUGCGCCAACGCGCGGAGCGUCAGCUGCCCGUCGCCGGGAAAUGAGACGAUGACUCUGCAUCAAGACUUCUUUCCGACGGGCGUUCUGUCGGUGAACAUCAGCGGCUGGAGCCACGUCAUUAUCGACGAGGGCGCCAUCAAGAGCCUCCACUCUCUGGUCAACUUCACCAUCAGCCACGCUCAGCGGCUGGACAUCGAGAGUCAUGGCAUGGCAUCGCACAGUAACAACAGCCUGCGCCUUGUUAGGUUUGAAAACAUCGCAUCACUCCAUGUCAAGACGGGAUCGUUUGCUGGUCACUGGGAAUCACAAACGGCGAUUCAGAUGCACCACAUUGGACAUCUUGAUGUUGAAUCCAGAGCCUUCGACUAUCACCAGGCUGAGGAAGCCGACGAUCACCGGGCUGAGGAGGGUCCCAGUUUCCUGCUGCAGUAUGUGAAGAUGCUGAACUUGGAGUCCAGCUGGAUAACAGGCUCAGUUUUCGAAUACGUGAUGAACAAUGUCACCAUGGAUGUUUGCCAUGAGGAGAGUUUCGGUGGACGUGCCUUCUUCAGCGAGUGGAACAAUGUGACAAUUGGCAAUAUAAGUAACAAAUGCUUCCACAGUCGCAAUGACAUGGCGUCUUUCGUCAUUCGCAAUCUUCUUGUGAAAGGUGACAUGCACCCCUACGCAUUUUCCGGCGCAGUGAAUGAACUGAUCAUCUGGGAUAGUUAUUUUGACGUUGUGCAGAGCAAGAGUUUCAACAUGACAGUUUGCACAAUGCAGGUCAUCGGCUCACGCAUUCGGGAACUGCAGCCAGAAGGCCUAUGUGUGUCGGUAAAGGAGAUUCUUCGUCUCGAGACAACACGAAUUGAUCAUAUUCACAAGGACGCCUUGGUCAGGAUCACAGUCGACGAAAGCAUCAAGGAGCUGGAUCCACUGCUUACCCUGGACAAGCUGACCAUCGUCAAGGCGGACGCCGGCUCCAUGUCCCUGUCCAGGUGUGCCAAGGUGCGGAUGAUCUGGCUGGACAUGCUGUACCCCUGGCCGCGCAUCUGCCCCGCCUACAAGUGGGUGCAGUGGCUGACGGAGGGAGGCGUCGACCGCCAGCUGGGCCAGUACCAGUACCAGCUGUUCCUGCAACUGAUCCGCCGGCGCAUGUGUUCCGGCGAGAACCUCAUCAGGCUCCCGCGGCUGGUGGAGGACCCGGAGUGCGCGAGUCACAGCCGCGCCUUCAGCGGCGCCGCCCCGGGCCGGGUCGGCUAGGACACCCUCAUACAUAGGGAGACUAGAUAGACACCAAGGGCAUUUCAAAUCAGAGAUGAAUCAGGGGUCAUUAACUUCAGUGCUUUGUGAGAAUUGAUUGCUUUGCAUAACACUGCUUUGAUGCGUGUGUCAGGCUGAUUAGGUAUAGUCAGAUAUACAUGAGAGUAAAUUGCACACAGCGGGUCGUCCCGGUACCAGCAGUGGAGUACCUACUCGUACCUACUGUCGGACAUGUGUGUUGUGAACUUCGCCAGGUGUUAACUUCACGUGACUCAUCGGCUCGGCUCGACUCAGUGACUCAGCUACUCGACUCGACUCAAAGACUAUUUCUGAGCACCGGGUCGAUGUACGCCUUCUGGUGCACCCGAGUAGCGGCAAAAGUUCUCCGGCGGUGUUACCUUGUGCUACCUGCAGCUAGUGUCACAUUUGUAAUAGAUUGGAAAUAGUGUGUGGGUGCUGCGAGUGCGGAUGGAUCGCGCUGCAUGCUAGCAGAAAAUUAAGAUGAAAACGAUUGGUCAAUAAUUACAUUGCAUUGUUCUGUGCGUUAUGGACAUUCGUGCACAGGCCACAGACACACUACGUUCGACUAUUAGUAUUACCCACUCCAGUCGACUCGCUUUGUUUUAUCAUCUCGCCCAUGCUUUGGGUCACCUACGAAUCAUACCUACAUCAUUAGCGUUGUAAAUGUGACGUUUAUCUUGAUUGCUAUUUAUUACCUGUGUCCUGUCUUGAUACGCCAAGUUGUAACUUCCCUCAUGACAAAUCAAGUGUUCGCUUUCAGUAUUAGUCAUAGUUUAAAAGCAGUGCUCCUGACUAAUAAAUAAACACAAAUAAUCGGCUAUUGAUGUGUGCUGACUGCUGACGCCAUGCUGUAUCCAAGAAGCAAACUUAUCAGUACUAGUUUUCCCUCUAAAUAUGGCAGCAAUACCUGGUCCGAGUUGAAAGCGUGUUCGAUACAAACAAUGCCUCACAA